UUUUUCGCGACGGCGCGAUCGACGGUGCGCUCUCCGCAACUUGAAGGAGUUAAGAGUUCAUUUCAUAAUCGAACUAUCAAGAGGGGGAAUAAAGCAAGGGUCGAAAGCGGUUGUGCUGAGACAGAAAGAGUGUGUGAGAGAAAGAAAGUGUGUUUUCAGCGAUGCGGAGAGGGAACGGAUACGCUCUGGUUUGGCACAGGUUUUCCUGCGCCCUGGUUGUGCUCUGUUUCGGGAUGCUGGUCAAAGCGGACAUAAGUUGCCGGUUUUGUCAGCCGGUGGGAAAGUGGCUCCCGAGGCAGCUCCUGCUCAACAUGGACGCUCCUGUUUCUGCAACAGGCGAACUUGGAGGACGCGGACAGAUGCUCGGCGUGGAGCAAGGCUGUGCAUCCGAGCCCGACGUUGCAUGCACGAAUUUCUCCAGGCGUAAACGGAAUACCCGCGCGCAAGAACCCCUGGAGACGCGGCGCGCCACCCGCAACGCAGCGCCGCGCAACGCUUCCACGCACGCACGCGCGCGCCCCGGAGCGACCCUUCCACCGCGCAAGAAGCAACGCAGAACGCGCAGGGACGCACCGGGAUCCCGACAUGCUCGAGGUGAAAGGUCGCUCAGAUGGAGUAAAGACGAGCUGCAACUCACCAGCUCCACGUUCGCCCUGAGUGGAGAUUCGGCUCACAACCAAGCCAUGGUGCACUGGUCCGGCCAGAACAGCAGCGUAAUUCUCAUGCUGACCAAGCUGUACGACUUCAACCUUGGCAGUGUCACUGAGAGCUCCCUGUGGAGGUCAACUGACUAUGGAACCACUUACGAGAAGCUUAAUGAGAAAGUCGGGGUGAAAACCAUACUUAGUUACUUGUAUGUCAGCCCGAAUAACAAGCGAAAGAUCAUGCUGCUGACAGACCCAGAGGUGGAGAACAGUCUGCUGAUCAGCACGGAUGAAGGCGCCACAUAUCAGAAAUACCGCCUCGGCUUCUAUGUGCUCAGCCUGCUUUUCCAUCCCGAGCAGGAGGAUUGGAUUCUCGCUUAUAGCCACGAUCAGAAACUUUACAGCUCAGUCGAGUUUGGACGACGGUGGCAGCUGGUUCAUGAAAGGGUUGCGCCAAAUCGAUUCUACUGGUCCAAAAUGGGUCUGGAUAAAGAGCCGGGGCUGAUUCACCUGGAGACUACUAUUUCAGAGACACAGGCUCUGUACAUCACCUGCAAGCUGCAGAACUGUACGGAGGCCAACAAGGGCAAACCUUUCCCCGGCUACAUCGACCCCAAUUCUCUGGUGGUGCAGGACGAGUAUGUGUUUGUGCAGGUGUCGACGGCUGGUCGGCCAAUCUAUUACGUGUCAUCAAGGCGAGACCUGUUCACACCAAUGAAGCUUCCCAAAUAUACACUUCCAAAGGACUUGCACGUGAUCAGUACAGAUGAAAACCGAGUGGUGGCAGCGGUCCAGGAGUGGAAUCAGAAUGACACCUAUAACCUGUACGUCUCAGACUCUGGAGGAGUGUACUACACACUGGCUUUGGAGAGCGUUAUGAGCAGCAUGGGACCUGAGGGAAACGUCAUGAUCGAGCUAUACGAGGUAGCAGGAAUAAAAGGAAUGUUUUUGGCCAACAAGAAAAUAGAUGACCAAGUGAAGACGUACAUCACGUACAAUAAAGGCCGAGACUGGAGACUGCUGCAGGCGCCCUCUCGUGAUCUACGAGGGAACAGCAUCCACUGUAUAUUGCCAUACUGUUCCCUGCAUUUGCAACUUCAUGUAUCGGCAAACCCUUAUACAUCUGGAAAUAUUGCCAGCAAAGAGUCAGCACCAGGAAUCAUAGUGGCAUCGGGUUCCAUAGGCGCAGAGCUGACUAGCAAUAAUGUUAGCAUAUUCAUUACAUCUGAUGCUGGAAACACAUGGAGGCAGAUAUUUGACGAGGAAUACAGCAUCCUUUACCUUGACCAAGGAGGAGCUCUAGUGGCUAUCCAACACACUCCUCUUCCUAUCAGACACUUAUGGUUGAGUUUUGAUGAGGGUCGGGUAUGGAAUAAAUAUAGCUUUACAUCUUCGCCUCUGUUUGUGGAUGGAGUUUUGGGUGAACCAGGGGAAGAAACACUUAUUAUGACAAUUUUCGGGCAUGUCAGUCAUCGGUCCGAAUGGCAGCUGGUGAAGAUCGACUUCAGGUCUAUUUUUAACAGGCGAUGCACUGAGGCUGACUAUCAGACUUGGCACCUCCAUAACCAGGGUGAGCCUUGCCUCAUGGGUGUGAAGAAAAUCUAUCGGAAGCUAAAGCCAAUGGCCAAGUGUGUUAUGGGUAAGAGCCACUCGGUCACCGUCACUUCAGAUCCCUGUGAGUGCACUGAGUCUGAUUUUGAAUGUGAUUAUGGCUAUGAACGAAGGACAGAUGGCCGGUGUUCACCAGCAUUUUGGUUUCAUCCCUCUUCCAUGUCCAGGAGCUGCAUUACAGGCCACACUUUCCUCAACAGUACCGGCUACAGAAAGGUGGUGUCUAAUAAUUGCACGGGCGGUGUGGUGGAUCUCUACAUGGCCCGUAGGAGGCCGUGCCCCAGUCAGGCCCCUAAAGGCCUGCACCUGGUUACCAGCGAGGGAAAACUCACAGCCACACUGGGCCACAAUGUCACCUUCCUCGUUUUCCUAGAACAGGGCGAUGGAUCAAGGACGAGCAUCACCGUGGACUUUGGAGACGGCCACGCCAUCACAUACUCCAAUGUGAGCUCCAUCGAAGACGGGAUCAAACACAUCUACAAGAACGUGGGAAUCUAUAGAGUGACCGCUACGGCCGAGAAUAGCCUGGGCUUCGAGACGGCGGUUCUUUUCUUGCAUGUUACAUGUCAGCUGGAGUAUAUCCAUCUCUCUGCGCCAUUUGUGGCAGUGAAAAAUAAGGAAGUCAACCUGACAGUGGUUAUGUGGCCGAGCCAAGUGGGAACCGUCACCUACAUCUGGUGGUUUGGGAACAACUCAGAGCCAAUAAUCACGCUGGAGGGGAGCGUGGCUUUUACUUUCCCUCGGGAAGGAAUAAACAUCGUCACCGUGCAGGUGGUAGCCGGGAGCACUAUUCAGCAAGACAGGAAAACCAUUGCAGUCCACGAAUAUUUCAGGUCCCAUCUUUUAGCCUUUUCCUCUAAUCUGGAUGAUCACAACCCUGACGUAGCAGAAUGGAGGCAAGAUGUUAGCAGAGUCAUCAAAAACUCCAUGGUCCAUGUGACUGGAGUGAAUCCAGAGCAUCUGUUGGUCACUGUUUUGCCAGGACUGCCCACGGCCGCUGAAUUCUUCCUGCUCCCGGAUAAAGAGCUAACAGAGGGCAAAGCAGACAAAACCACAACACAAUUAGACCAGAUCUCAGAGUUGGUACUGAAUGCGCUGAACCAGAACCAGGUUCAGUUCACAUUAAGACCAGGAGUUCAGAUCACAGUCUACGCUGCACAUUUAUCUGCAGCACCCCUUGUGGACACAAGUGAGAAUCACAGCGGCUCAGCCAUGCUUAUGCUUCUCUCAGUGGUGGUAUUGGGUUUAGCCGUGUUCCUCGUCUAUAAAUUCAAAAGGAAGAUCCCAGGCCUCCACCUCUAUGCAGCGAUGCAGAACGAAAAAGAGCAAGAAAUGAUCCGGAGCCCAGCGAGCCCGACGGAGAGCGAGCCGAGCAGCAGCUCUCAGAGAGAGCUUCCCACCUCGCCGGAGUCUCUGGACACCGAUUUCAACAUCAACACCAUUGAAUGCAUUAAACCUCAUCCACGUGUCAGAAUCUCAACAGAACCUCCUGUCUACAUUGACGUCUGACUUUUCUAGACCACCACUGCAAAGGGGACAUUGAUCAUCCAAUCACAAAAAAAAGGUUUUAAGCUUUAUACAGUACCUGUGCAUGUUGGACAUUGACACUUUACUGUGCGUUGUGAAUACCAGACAAAAACUGUGUACAGGUUUUUUAUAUGUAUGUCUAUCGAAUAAGAGAACAUUUUUAAUAAUGUUUAUUUAUAUGAAAACGAGCAGUACAUACACAAUCAUCCCGAAAGGCCAGCAUGUAUCAUAAUAAAAACUGGGUGAAAAUAUAAAAAAAGGGGGAAAAAAAUUAUAAAACUUUCACAUCCAUUUACUUUCCUGUAUUGUGUUACAAUGAAGUGGUACAAUAUUUAUCUGUCAGUAUAUUUAAUACAAAUGCAAGAAAUUUAAAUUCUUCAAUUUAAGGUACAUUCCACAGUAAAAACAUACAUUUUGUAUAGAAUUUUAUCCAACAUAUAAACUUUUAUUAUUAUUAUUAUUAUUAUUAUUAUUAUUAUUAUUAUUAUUAUUAUUAUUAUUAUUAUAUAUUUAGGAUCAACAUGGGUUUAUUUGUCAAAUUGGAAUAAAUGUAAGUCUUAGAUUUGUAAAAACCUUUUGCUUUGAACUACUGUAUAUAAUCAAAUCAGCCAAAACAUGAAAACCACUUACAAUGGCACAUGUCAUGAGGGGGGAGCUAUACUUUAUUAGGCAUCAAGAAGUUGAUGUGUUGGAAGCAGAAAAAAUGGGCAAGUGUAAGAAUCUUUGACAAGCAUCUCAUUGUGAUGGCUAGACAUUUGGAUCAUCUGUUAGCAUCUGUUGUGAUCCCACUGAAGAGUUAGUGUUGCAGAAAUUCUAAAUAAAGUUCAAGGUGGCUAUAAUAGGUGUCAGAACACACACUCCAUUGCAGAUUACUUUGUAUGGCUAAUUCUGUCCACCACAAAGCUCUUGAUGGGCUUUUCUUGUAUAUCAUGUUGAUGGCUGGGUGCAUGUGCGUUGCUUACCUGGGGAAGAGUCAGCACCAGGAUGCACUAUGUAAAAUGGAAGAGGUUUUGAACAUGUCUUGCUGGGAAACCUUGAGUCCUGUAAUAUAUGUGGAUGUUAUUUUGGCACAUACCACCUAUCUUAACAUAGCUGCACUUCAUGGCAUUGGCAGUGGCCUGUUAAAUUAGGAUAAUGCUUCCUGAAGAGUUGAUCUCUAAAUUCCCCCAAUCUAAAUCUGUAAGCAUCUGAUCAUUUACACCAGAACAUAAAAGAUCUCCUGCUGAAGUCUUGGUUUCCAGAUACUAAAUCACCACACUUUUACAAUCCAUGCCUAGAUGGGACAGAGCUGUUUUGAAGGCACAUGAGGGAACCUACAUAAUAUUAGGCAGGUGGUUUUAAUGUUUUGGCUGAUCAGUGUACAUCUGUGCUAUUUGCAAGAGAGUGUAAAAGUAUAUAAUUAUGCACAAAAUUUCGAUUUUUAUUAAAAACCAGAAAAUUCAUUUAAUUUAAAUACUUUUUUUCUUAUUUCAGUUUCCACUUCUACUGUAAUUUUAUUUUUGUCUCAGAUCUUUAGUAAAAUAAUUAAAUGCUGACAAGUUUGAUCAAAAGCCCAUUCAACACAAAUAAUAUGCAUCAUGCACUUUCUUCAUUAUUGCUUUCAAUUCACACCAAAAGGGAAAUUGACACUAUAUUUGAGUAUAUAGUGUGUAUUAAUAUUUAAUAUUAGAAUACAUUCCUCCUUCUUCUGAGCAGUAUAUGAAUAAGCUGCUGCUUAUUAUUAUUAUUAUUAUUAUUAUUAUUAUUAUUAUUAUUAUUAUUAUAUUUUAUUUUCUCUCUAACAGCAGAAAUACAGAAAUAUUGCUCAUUUUAGUUAAACAUUUUUGUGCAUUUGUUGAAAACAAAUUUUGUCCAAUUUUAGUUUAGAGACCAAUUUUAUAUCAAUAAAUACAAGUAAUUUGCUGAUAUUACUGAACUUUUUUUUUGUCACCCCCCCUCUGUGUAAACCUCUGGUUUUGUCUUGUUUCAAUAAUGUACUGUUAUACAGACUGUGUUAGAAAUAACUGUGUAAUAUCUUAGCAUCAUAAAUGACCGUACUUCAGGUCUAUAUCAGUUUUAAGUGUACAUUUAUAUUAUAAUAAAAAUAUUUGUUUUUGUUUUUUUUAUUUCCACUUCUGUGUGUUGUAAAACCCACUCGGAAAUCAUUUUCCACUUUUUUCUCUAAUUCUAUAAUCUGAUGAAUGUAAGUGGGUCAAAUGUUUAUUACUGGACUGAGUUCAAAUGGCCUGCAUGUUUAAAAAUGUAUUUAUGUUCUUAAACACAAAACUUACCUUUUCUUUGGUAAUGUAUUUAUAUCCUGGCUAUAGAACAUAAUGUCAUUAUGUAUAAAAAGCUGUGUGAUCCAAUUGACAAUAACAUGGGUAUUGAUAAAAUCCCCGAAAUAGAAAGGCUUUGCAAGAAACACCAGCAAACUGAGAUUAAUAUGAUCUAAGACCACAUAUGCUUAAAUCGAAUGAUUUGCUUACAUAUGAGAAACAUAUGUAAGUAUGUAAGACAUACUUAUGCUCAUUAAGUCUUCUUUUCCACCUAUCUCUCUCUAUAUAUAUUGCAAAUUCCAGUAAAAUAAAUAGUCACUAUUUGGCUUAAUGGUGAAAACAAUGGAACUGGAGUAAGAGCUAAUGGAGGUGUGUUGGCUGCCAUGUGCUGACUCUUUGAACAUUUUCAUUUUCACUAGAACUCUUAAUCACAGGGUUUCCAGUGUCACAGAUGUCGCACCAAAUGAGGUUUGACAUCAACUCUGCAUUUGCCAAAAUCUUGUUUUAUUACAUCCAUUAUGUCUAAUACGACUACCAGAUUUGUGCAAAUCAAAGGCUAAAGUGUAAGUCUAGACAGCGCAUAUAUGAUAUGCAGAGACAUUUCUAUUUCUUGGAAGACUUAUUGAAAAUCAUAAUUAUGGAACGGUGUGCAUAAUGUGUAGGAUUAUGGAGAUUAUGGAAAGGAUAUAGUCUUUUUAUUAGAAAUGUAUGUUCACUAUAGUGACCAUGAUUCGAAAGAUUUUGAGAGGGGUUAGUUUCAGGGUUUUUUAUGUGGUUUUUGAGAUGUGUUUGGUUGAUGUUUUGCUGAAACCUGAUGACCCUGGUUACUAAUAGCUCUACUCUGUCAAUAGCGACAGGCAAGACACCUGGUGUAUUGUAGACAGUUGAAAAAUGUACAAACUUUUUAGCAAGCUGAUAAACUGUAUGCUAGGGGACAGUUUAUUGAUUACAAUUUUACUCUAAAUGCAAAUAUUCAAAAGCCAAGUUUGACUACUGGAAUUAGUGGUUGUGACUUUUCUAAUGCUUUCAGUCAUAUGAAACAAAAUGUUCUCUCACUUACAAUACCCACAAUUCUUUGCAUGAGACUGCAUUGUGUACAAUUUUGAAACAUGGCUUAUUUAUUUCCAACUCGAGAAAAACAAUGCAUAGCUUGCUGACUGUUGACGCAGCAAUUUUACGAUCAGUUUGCUAAAAGGAGCAGCAAACGAGAGCUCAGAAACCACUCCCACUCUCAAGAGGUAGCAAGAUUAUUUUUGUAGAAAAACGAGAGAUUUAUUACUGUAAAGUUUUUAUAUACAUAUAUAUAUAUAUAUAUAUAAAAUAUAAGCAUAUUUCACUGUUUUAUUAUUUUUUUUUUCAUCCUUUAAUCUCAGCUUAGUGUCAUGUGAUUCUUUUUAAUUUGAUGCAUUUACAAUAAUAUUUAUUAUUCAGUGGAGUAUAUGUUUGUGUGUUUUGGUUUUCUUACAAUAUUUGUAAAAAGAGAAUACAAAAAAAAUACAAAAAAACCCACAAUACACUAUAAUGUAAUUUGCUGAAGUAUUCAACACUUAUAGAUAAAACAAAAUGAAGUGUCA